ACAUCUAACGAUACUCACCGUGCUCCUCUUCCUCUCUCUGAUGCGGGGUCAGAUGGUAAACGGGGAUGAGGGGAGGCCGUCCUGCAGUCGCUGCGACCUCCAUCUCUCCUGUAACUGCUCCUAUAGCGGAUUCACCAGCGUUCCCAUGGUAACAGACCAAGCUCUGAGCCUCGAUCUUUCCUUCAACAACAUCACCAUGGUGACCCAAGAUGACCUGAUUGGACACUCACAGCUGAGGGUUCUGGAUCUCCACGGUAACAGAUUAGCUGUGAUCCAUCCAGCAGCGUUCGACUCUCUGUGGAACCUGGAGGAUCUGGAUCUCUCUGACAACCAGCUGACCAUCCUCAACCACAGGUGGUUCAACAAGCUGGAAGUUCUGCAGCACCUCAACCUGCUCGACAACCCGUACAGCCGUCUCGGUUCCCCUCCAUUGUUUCUUGGACUCGUCAGACUGAGAACGCUGAGGUUUGGAGGUCCAGAUCUGAAGGAGUUGAGGAGAGAAGAUCUAUCAGGAGUAACCCACCUCGACGAGCUCACAGUGCAUGCCAACAACCUGACCAGGUACGACUCUGGUACUUUUGGAGACAUUUGGCCUCUGGGUCAUGUCAGCCUAAGCCUUUACAGUCCGUUUUUAACAAACACGGAGUUGGCUGCAGUUCUGCUCGAGGAUGUGUGUUAUCCUGAGACUCAGAUCACCUUGGCUGAUUUCCACUGGACUCAUUAUGUGUCUGUUCAGCCGUUCAAAGAGUCAUUCAAGAGAAUCAGAAAUCUGUCUAUCCGUAACCUUUCUCUGUCUGAUGAAGCAACCGUCUCCUUCCUGGCGCUGUUCAAUGGAAACCCGCUGAGAUCCCUCUCCAUUGUGGGUCUAACUCUGACAGGCGAAGGAAGGUGGAUACGUGCUAACCGGACAGAUCUGAGCAGCUUGGAUGAGUUCUUCGUAAGUGACGUCACUAUUAUAGACAUUUUAAAGUUCGCCAUGACAUCAGAUCUGACGUUCCUGUUGCAGUACCAGAAGAAGCUGUCCAUCGUAAACGCAAAGAUGUUCUUGUUAUCCUGUACCAACACCCAAAUGAUGGUGAACACAGAAUACUUGGAUGUCUCCGACAACCUGCUCACCGACCUGACCCUGCCUUACAUGCUAUGUGACAGCGGAAAGACCCUCCAGAACCUCAGAGUUUUAAACAUAAGUGGAAACCACCUAAAGUCUUUGUCCACGAUGAGCCGUCUGGUCACAAAGCUCACCAGACUAACCCAUCUGGACGUUAGCAGAACCAGCUACAGCUCCAUGCCCCACAGUUGCACCUGGCCGUCCACCCUGAGGUAUCUCAACAUCUCCAGGGCUAAGCUAGCCACCAUCACUCCCUGUCUACCAAAAUCUCUGGAGGUGCUGGAUCUCAGUUAUAAUGAUCUCAAAGAAUUUGUGUUGACACUGCCAAUUUUGAGAGAGCUCCACCUCUCUGGGAACAAGUUCCUGAGGUUACCAGCAGGGGCGCACUACCCCAAUCUGCAAACCCUUACAAUACAGUUAAACACCCUGAACGUGUUCGGCCUUUCAGACCUUCAGUCAUACAGACGACUCGAGAACCUGGAAGCAGGUCACAACAAGUUCGUCUGCUCAUGUGAAUUCGUCACCUUCCUCCACCCACAACUUGUGGGAAGUGGAGAUGUGAAAAUAACAGAUGGAAAGCAGAGUUAUGUCUGUGACUCCCCUCUCUACCUGAAGGGGGAGGCAGUGAGUCAAGUUAACCUUUCUAUUAUCCAGUGCUGGCCCGUUUUGUUUGUGUCUGUCAGCUGUGGGGUUGCCCUUUUUUUUGGGAUGCUGGUUUCUGUCCUGCUUUGGCGAUGCCAUACCUUCUGGUACUUGAAGAUGACUUGGGCGUGGCUCAAGGCCAAGAGAGGUUCCCAACGACGUUGGCAACAAAGAAACAUGGAUGGAUCAGAACCAUUGCUGUCUUUUGAUGCAUUUGUUUCCUACAGUGAAAAAGAUGCUAGCUGGGUGGAAGACUUUCUGGUACCUGCUUUGGAGGAGCCAAGUGACACAGACUCAGUGAAUCCAACAUCACCACUGACUCUCUGUCUCCACAAGCGGGACUUCCUUCCUGGACACUGGAUCAUGGAUAACAUCAUGAGUUCCAUCGAGCGCAGCCGUCGUACUUUCUUCGUCCUCUCCAAGAACUUUGUCCAGUCCGACUGGUGUCGCUAUGAACUGGACUUCUCCCACUUCUGGCUGUUCGAGGCCGGCGGAGACGCUGCCAUCUUGAUCCUGCUGGAGCCGCUGUCCAAGGAUGACAUCCCCAAACGUUUCUGCAAACUGCGCAAACUAAUGAGCUCCACCACCUACCUGGAGUGGCCUCAGGAGGAGGAGAGGAGGCCGGAGUUCUGGAGGAGUCUACGCAACGCUCUGAGAGGAGACGAUGAGCAGGAGAACUGACAGAAGAAGAAUAACUACCAUCAAAGAGACAAACAAUAAACCUGAUGAUCAAGCCUGGUUGCUACACGUUGGUCGGUACUGAUUUCAUGUGAAAUGCCAUGUAAAAUAAAAUCCAUGCAUGAAAAUGUU